UUAGGUCAGGUUAAGAUUUGAAAUAGUAGCCCCGCCAACUAAUCGGUGGAGAAUAACGUUUACCGUGCUCUAGAGGGGCUCUGUGGGAGUGAGUUCUUGAGUCUUGAGUGAGCGAUAACCGCGAGAAGCCAGUCGUAUCUUUUCCCUGAGAACUCAGAACUCAGAAGUGAGAAGGGAGGGAGGGAUCCAGUGAUCCAGUGAUCAACGUCUCACCUGAAUGCAGGUUAGUUGACGGAACGAGCCUGGUGCAUUCAUCUGGGGUGGGUGGUGCCGAUUUACGCCCCCUUUAGCCAUACCCGCCUACCGUGAUUGAGACUUCCGGCCGCGUGUGUCAGUCCAGCAUGACGGGCGUGGGACCGCCCUUGGGCGCGUCAGCCGGGGAUGAAUGGGUGUGUUUGAAUGUGGGCGGUACGGUAUUCGCCACCACGCGUACCACGCUGGCCCGAGACCCGGCUUCCUUUUUGUACCGCUUGGUGGUCACGCCCACCACCAGUCCGGCCCAUAGCCCGGCUGAGGCGGGGGCCCCCGGGCUUCCGCCCGCCUUGGGCUCGCCCUUAGGAUCGUCCCGCGACGCUCAAGGCGCCUUUUUGAUUGAUCGUGAUCCGAGUUACUUCAGUCCCGUGUUGAACUACUUGCGCCACGGCAAAUUGGUUAUGGACAAAUCCAUGGCCGAAGAAGGCGUGCUGGAGGAAGCUGAAUUCUACAAUAUCACGGGUUUGAUCGGCUUAGUCAAGGAGCGGAUCCAACAGCGCGACCAGAACUGCGGCCGGGAGGGUCGAAAUAUCGUGUAUCGGGUGCUUCAGUGCCACGAGGACGAGCUCACCAACCUGGUGUCCACCAUGAGCGAUGGCUGGAAGUUCGAGCAACUCAUCAACAUCGGCUCGCAAUACCAGUACGGGAGCGAGGAUCACGCCGAAUUUCUCUGCGUUGUUUCGCGCGAAUAUCCUUUUGAUGCCAAAGCCAACGGCCACGCCAUGCCCACCGACAAGGGCAAGUUUUUACGACAGGCCGGAUCGCGCAUGUGAUGCCGCUGACAAGCUCGCCGUUGCCCCACCCCCACUCGCCAAUCAACGCCUACCUAGUCGUGCCGGACACCCCAUUACCCGAAUCAUCAUGAACCGUGUCUCACUGGCUGCUCGUGGCCGGUGAGCGGGCAAGCUUCAAUCCAUCGAGGUCCAUUCCAGAUCUGUGGGCGUGCUGACAUCGUGUACCCAAAUACCUUUAAAUCUUCAUUCCGGGCUUCGCAUUCCCACCCUCUCGAGGCUGAUACAAAAGAAUAUCCGGGUGUGAACUUGAGAGAAAAGAACCGUACGAAUCUGAAUGUCUCUCGUUAUGUUUAUUUCGGGCCUGGCCUAAACCUCAUUGUGGUCCCCAUUUUCCCCGGCCGUUAGGCCAGCCAUUCCUUGAUCUUCAUCUCCUCUCACCAACAGUAUCAGACGCUUGGCUCGUGCAUCCUCUGACCCGCACUGAAACGUUCAAUGUAACCCAAACCGCCCAUCACCCUCAAGUUCUGUGACAAAUCACUGCUUUCAAGUAAAGUGGUCGCCCAUUCACCGCUUGGACCAAUCCUGUUAUUAUGAAUGAACGACACAGUACAACAUCCACGUUUUCCGGGAUUGAAUUGAAACAUAUAUAUAUAUAUAUUGUUAAAAUAAAUGUACAUCAACAAG